CUGUGUCCCUUGGACACAGCGGAUCACCGAUCAAUGGAAAGAGCCGAAGAUGUCGGCUCAGUCAUGUGAUCAGCUGUGUCCAAGUUAUCGGCAUUUCUCUCCUCACAAGCUGUCACACUGACAGCUCGAGAGGAGAGCCGGGCACAUGUACACUGAUCAUUAGAGCACUGAUGAUCAGUGUGCCCUGAUGAUCAGUGUGACCCCAGCAGUGCCACCUGUCAGUGUCCAUCAGUGUCAGCAGUCAGUGCUCAUCCAUGCCACCUGCCAGUGCCCAUCAGUGCCACAUCAGUGCCACAUUUCAGUGCCUACCAGUGCACAUCAAUGCCACAUAUCAGUGCUCACCUGAGUUGCCUUUCAGUGUCACCCAUCAAUGCCAGUCAGUGCCGCCUAUCAGUGCUGCCAGUCAGUGCCGCCUAUCAGUGCUGCCAGUCAGUGCUGCCUAUCAGUGUGCAUCAAUGCCGCUAUCAGUGCCCAUCAGUGCCGCCUAUCAGUGCUGCCUAACAGUGCCAGUUAGUGCCACCUAUCAG